CUUUGCUACGCACACACACAUAUAUUUGUACGCAUAAUUUUUAGUCGAAAUUCAGUUGCGUACCGUUUCCACCAACACGCCGUGUGCUUGUGUGCGAAAGGAAAAGCAAAUUCAUUUGCCAACCGUGGUGCUGUCAUUCUGUAUCGUUUUGUUGGUCGGGGAGGGGGGGAGAGGAGACCCACAAUACAAAAAAGCAAAAGGGCUACAGGUAGUGCGCAUUCUCUCCGUUGGUGCCCCUGUGUGUUUGUGUGAUUGUGUAUGCGCGCGAGAAUAGUGGACCGUUCGUUAUUUGGUCUUGCUAAAAGGCGGUUGUGCCCCGUUGUGCUCGUGUGUACUGCACAGGCGAAAGUUGCAAUCCCGUACGAAAGGAAGGAAAGAAAAAUCGGAACAAGUGUUGUGUUACGGUGUGCCAUUUGUUCCCCCCCAAAACCGUAGGGUUGCGCUUCGUUCCGCGUUGGUGUGCAGUGUGUUUUGUGGUUUUUUGGAUACGGUUGUUGUGGUUGUUGUUGUUGUUGUUGUAUUGUUUUUAUUUCGUCACUUCUUUGCAUCGCUUCAUUCGAAAUGGGUAUCCGUGCGCGUGUGUGUUAAUAUGUAAACCAACAAAGGGCUACAGCAAUAACAGCAGCAGCAGCAGCAGGAACCGUAGCGCAGUAGUACCCGCGUUGAGACGGGUGCGCGGGUGGGAAACGCGCUGGGGUAAUCAUUUGUUGCUUCGCUACAACCAACCGUACAUCAGCAACCCUUCUCGUCAGCACCACUACACCAAAGCAAGCAAACUAGCAAACAAGCAAGGUCUACAUCAACCGAGGACUUGUCCCAGUGCUCCGAUGAAGAGCGAAACAUUAGCCCUGUACCAUCAUCAUUACCGUCAUCACGAUCGUCCCCAGCACUGUCAGCCCUACCAGCCCAAUCACCCCUAUCAGCAUCAGCAACAACAGCAACCCGGCAACACCGCAUUCGAACGUUCCGAUGGUUUGCCUGCUUGGCGGUGUGGCUCAUCGGCAAACUUUUGAAUAUAUCGAUUAAAGGUAAUGAGGGACACAAUCUCCCAGCUUCCCGAUCGUGUGCAAACACACAUACGAACAUACAUGCGCUCGCAGACCAACACACACACACACACACACUUGUGAAUCUUAUAUGGGGAGGUGAGGGGAAGGUUAGAAAUUGGACGGUGUGCAGGAAGGAUGGGUAACGUAAUGGCAUGCGCGCUGUCCAACAAAACGAUCCAUUCGCCCUUCCCGAGCUCAAUCAAGCUUUCCUACUAACAUCUCUGGAUAGAAAUGUGUAUGUUCGUGUGGGAUUCGUGUGUGUGUAUUGCGACUAAAAAGGUGGAGGUACCAUCGAUCAACAUUCAACCCUUUUCUGGUACACUAGCCACCGCAAAACGAUUCCACUAGCGUGACACUGCAUUGUGGUUGCACAGGUGGUUGCAAUUAGUAGUAGAUCACUACACAACACACACACCUGCACAACAUCAAUGCACACUGCAGCUGCAUUUCCUUGUCAAGGGCGGGAUAUUGGAGGCAGGAGGCAAGAAUCUUUGCCGUGUGACAAACGCAAGGUGCUCCGGCAUGCAGUGCGCUCGUUAGCCUGGAACUUUUCACAACCAUUCCCGGGGGCUUUCGGUUUUGUUAUGUACUGUAUUGUAUUGCAUGAUACAAUCUUAACAGGGAAAAGGAGCGAAAGACCCGAAAAUCCAAGAAAAUCGCAAACAAACAAACGCAGAUCCCGUAACUCCCAAAAGGGCCUACAUGGCGAAGAACAUUUUACACCCCCUCACACCUCUAUACACUGGAAGUAGUACCCGGUUGAUCACGAUGCGGUAAAAUAAAUACGCGACGGUGACCAACUUCCUUGCGAGUGCUGCGUCACCGUACGCUGCGCCCAUACCGUGCAAACACACCCGCACUCUCGAUUCUUAUCCUGUUUUCAGCAUCAGCGCCAACACUAAAAUCGCCUCCUUCCGAACAUCUGUUGCAUCAUGAUAGUGGUAAUGGUGCUUGGCCAACGUGGGGGGAACAAUCUGCUGCAGCACCAAAAACAACAACGAACAUUGACAUCGGCGGCAUUGUAAAGUGUGCCCGAAACCCGACAAACUGAUCCAACUCCUUGAACUGACUCUGAGAUAUCCAGCUGGGGAACACAUCCACCAUCAAGCCUAGCCACAAUGUCGGAUACGGCCUCCAACUAUCGUACGUCGACCUCGUUCACGACCAUGCCCCCGGUGCUGACCGAAAGCCAGAAAGGUUCGGUAGAGGACAUCCAGAUCUCGUUGGCACCGUACAUUCAGUCGUAUCUGAGCCAAACCGGGCGACGCCAUUCGUGCUGCAGCGUAAUGUUGCCGGUUGCGUUCGAACGGGCCGCACCACGGUCGUGGUUCGAUCCCCGUUUCGAUUCGCCCGUACUGGAAGGCCAGUACCAGGCGAGCGUUUUUCCGCAGCUGCGCCUUAAGUUUCGCUUCGCACUAUUCUACAUCCUGCUCUGCUCGCUCGUGUGGCUGCUGUACUUCCUGUUCGAUGGUGGCCCGACCAGCUUUACGCUGCUGACCGUAUCGAUCGGGUUGAUCUUUCUGUUUGCGCUGGCCGGCCUGUGGGUGACGCGUACCGACAUCUACCGAGCGCACACCAACCUGAUAUCGUCCUUCUGCGCCAUCCUGCUGUGCAUGUUUUCCCUCUUUCUGCUGCUGCUGACACGCGAAGCGCUCAGCCCGCUCGGACACUUUUCCAUCUGCAUCGAGAUCGUAAUGCUCAUCUACACCAUCAUACCGCUACCGCUGUGGCUGUGCUGCACCAUCACCAUGGCGUACUCCGUUUGCUUCGAGGUGCUUUCGUUUCUGCAUCAGACGCACUACGAUUACAAUUCGCGCCCGGGAGGACAGCCGACCGCGUCACCGCUCGUUACCGGUACGGUUAGUCACGCCGUUGCCCGAUUGCUUGCAGAGGACGGCAGUGUGAUCGGUACCGAUUAUCAACACUCCGGCGACUCGUUCGUGUACAAGAUCGUGCUCAUACGGGUGCUGAUACAGUUGUGCGUGCAUCUGAUCGGCAUCCAGAUACUGAUCAUGACGGUGGUCCGUAUGCGUGGCACAUUUAUGAAGGUCGGACAGAAUCUGCUCGUACGGCGCCAGCUUGAGAUGGAGAAGCAGUUAAAGGAGAAGAUGAUCCACUCGAUGAUGCCACCGAAGGUGGCGGAUUUGCUGCUAAAGGAGAGCGGUAGCGUACCGAAGGGUACCAGCUUCGAUCAGUACCCAGCCACGGCGCAGGCGGCACCACGCCGCACUACACCGUCCGAUUUGAAGUCACUGUUUCGCCCCUUCCACAUGAACCGGAUGGAGAAUGUUAGCAUACUGUUUGCGGAUAUUGUCGGCUUUACACGCAUGUCCUCGACGAAGACGGCCGAACAGCUGGUGGAGAUACUGAACGAUCUGUUCGAACGGUUCGAUGAUCUCUGUCUGGUGAACGGGUGCGAAAAGAUAUCAACACUCGGCGAUUGCUAUUACUGUGUGUCGGGAUGUCCGGAACCGCGCCCGGAUCAUGCAAUCUGCUGCGUCGAGAUGGGUCUCGGCAUGAUCGAAUCGAUACGAGUGUUCGAUGCGCAACGUAACGAAGGCAUAAAGAUGCGUGUCGGCGUCCAUACGGGUACGGUGCUGUGCGGUAUUGUUGGUACGAAACGGGUCAAGUUCGAUGUGUGGAGCAAUGAUGUUACGCUAGCUAAUCGAAUGGAGUCUAGUGGGAAGCCCGACCAGGUCCACGUAUCGGAGGAAACCUGUGGCUUUCUGGGGGAUUCCUAUACCAUAGAGGAAGGCGAAGAAGUUGAUGGUCACCGUACGUACUUCGUGCUGGGGAAAAAGUUGGAUCUGGUCGGUUCGAUUACGGAGGGUCUCUCCAGCAUUGGAUUACCGGUCGAUCUAAAUCUGCUGGGUGCAUCUUCCUCACCGCUGGACGAACUACCGUACGCGACCAGUGAAGAAAACCCAGAAAGUUCCUGUUUAUCGCGUAGUGCCACCAAUCUAUCCAGCAUUCAACCCGCCGUACCACCAGCAUCACCUGCCGGGCCUGUGUUUUUCUCCUCCUUGCACGCAUCACCGGUAUCGACACCGAGGCCCCGCAUUGCAUCGCUAACGAAAAUGACGAAAUUUCUUCGUUCAGCCGUAAAAGGUGAUUCCGGUCGGUUGCUAAAUCCGGCCCGUACGAUCGGCAGUAUGACCGUACCGGUGGAAAAGCCAAAAAUUAUCAUCAGCACAAAAUCGAUCUCAAACGGUUUCGAGUCGGACGACGAGAUGGCGGAAAUGGUGAGUGGUGGUGGUGGUGGUGGCGGGUCGGGUAAAUGUAUGGCACGGUCGCCGGUCAGUAUGCGGACGCAACCGGGUCCACCGGAUGUUACGACAAUAGCGAUGCUCAACGAACGAACGCGUACGCAGCACGAUGGUUGCGGUGAGACAGCAUCACAGCAACGCAAAACCGACAAGCUGCUGAAGCGCCAGGACACGUACAGUGGACCGGCUGGGGAGUGCAGCAGAAUCUGUGAUAGUAGUAAAAGCUGUGACGAAGAUGUGCCAUGUAUUGAGAGAGGUUGCAGCAACGCGCGUACCGGUCCGACCGGUGCCUGUGGUAGCGGUAGCAGUAGCAAUAGCAAUAGCAAUAGCAAUAAUCAGAACAACAUUACUAACGGGUGCUACCAGCAUGUGCCGAUCGUGAUCGUUACACCGCGCCCGAGCUGCUACACGCUAGACGUAGGGAACGGCGGUGGUAUUACCAGCAGCAGUGUGCCCACGACCACCACGGCCACCGCUGCGACCGGCACGAACGUGCGCGGUCGUGAGUGUGGCAAAAUGAUUGGAUCCACCGGUGAACAUACGCACACCAGCCAAAGUUCCGUGUUCGACGAGAUCAUAGACGUGCGCUCGUAUAUAUCGCAAUCGCGCAGUGACAUUUCACCGUUUGCCCGCACCGGCAGCUACCGAUCACAGGCGGACCGGUCAUCGAUCAUACACGAGAUCGCAUUGUCGGCUGGUGCAGCCGGCAGCAGCAACAGUGGUGGUACGUUCGGUCGCCCUCGUAGCAGCACCAUCACAACCACGCACCAUGCGUGUGGGGAAGUGCAUCAACACGUACGUCACGGAUCGGUCGUCGUUUGUCCGAGCUCCCGACUACUCGGUGCGGACGGUGCUAGCCUAUCGCCGUCCGCAACGUCACGCAAAGAUUCCGGCAUACGAUCGAACAGUCGCCGGUCCAGCAUCCAGCAUCAGAUAAUGCUGAUGAGCCAAACGGUUGCCCUGUCGGUGCAUCGUGUAUCGGGCUACUUUACCAGCUCGCAAUCCAGCCUGUCCGGUGCGAUCGUUACUUCCGCCGCUGGUGGUGUUGGUGGUGAACAUCAGCCGAUGCAGAAACCGAACGGUAGCAUGCGUCUCGGACCGAACGCCGGUUCGAAGUGUUGCGUUGGCAUUAAGGAACCGCAUCCGGAUCCGCUCGCCGCCUGUCUGCAGCAGCUCCGUAAACAAUCCGACCUGCAGCUGAUACGGUGCGUUCGGGAUAACGCACGGUCACAGCGUAGCUAUCUCGUAAAGCCGCCACUGUUACCUGUUUCGCUACGCUUCAAAUCGCGCCCGAUGGAGCAGGAAUUUCGCUCGAAGGCACACCGGUUCGGGAGCGAAUGUGGUGAACUCGAGGGCGGUGGUCCACCGACGCUUGCCACACCGAAGUACAACACCUACAUCGACAUGCUGGUAUCGUUCGUCGUGUACCUGGCAACCUCGACCUCACUGUUUCUCCUCUCACCCUCGGUCUAUCUCGAAUCGUACAAGGUGUGGGUGUGCAUCUUUGUGUUCUUCAGCACGGUACAGCUGUUUGCGCUGUUUAUCUGCACCAAGCAAGUCUGCAGACGUACGCGCAAACCGACCGUACGCCGGUCACGGCCAAUGGCGAGCCGGAGUUGCUACGACUGUUUGCUGCAGCUCGCCUCAAACUGGUACCCGUGGCAUAUCUGUGGCGGUAUCCUAAUGUCACUGCCCGUCAUCUCGAUCCUGUCGAACUUUGCCAUGAUGGAUGUGACGAAGUUUCGGGUGUUUGAGUUCCAUUACGGUUUCCUGAUGUACAUCUGCAUCGUGCACUUUUGCAACUUUACGCAGCUGAACUGGUGGAUGCGGAAUGCGAUGGCGUGCCUAACGUCAGCCGCAUUCGUUGGCAUUGCGGUCGGCCAUAUGGUGGAACUGCAGGCACUUGAAGUUGCUGCCGGCAUUGCAGCGAACGGCACCGCGCUAGCGGCUGGUGGCGAUACCGACGAAAUGCUGCACCGUGCACAGUUCGAUUGGUUCAACAACUACCGGGUGGAGAUAUACGUCGAUCUGUUGCUGCUGCUUGUGCUGGUUUGGUUUUUAAAUCGCGAGUUUGAAAUCGGCUACCGGUUAAGCUUUCAUGGCAGUGCGGUUGCAAACCAGGACAAGAUACGGGUGCAGAACAUGAAAAACCAAGCGGACAUGCUGCUGCACAAUAUCAUCCCAAAGCAUGUGGCGGAGCAGCUAAAAAAUACGGCCAAAUAUUCAGAAAACCAUCACAACAUCGGUAUCAUUUUUGCGAGCAUUGUCAACUUUAACGAAAUGUACGACGAAUCGUACCUCGGCGGGAAGGAGUACCUGCGCGUACUGAACGAACUGAUCGGUGACUUUGACGAGCUGCUGGCCCGUCCAGAGUUUCGUUGUGUGGAAAAGAUCAAAACGAUCGGCAGCACGUUUAUGGCUGCGUCCGGGCUCGAUCCGAGCAGCCGCGGUGAAAACUACGAGCAUCUCUACACGCUGCUUGACUUUGCGCUUGCGAUGCAACAGGUGGUAGAAUCGUUCAAUCGCGAUCUGCUCGAAUUUAAUUUGAUCAUGCGGGUUGGGUAUAACUUUGGCGAUGUAACGGCCGGUGUGAUCGGUACGAGCAAGCUGUACUAUGAUAUCUGGGGCGAUGCAGUUAACGUUGCCAGCCGGAUGGAUUCGACCGGUGUUGCUGGUCGGGUGCAGAUCGGUAGCGAUUGCGUGCCGGUGCUUGGUGAACGGUUCGACUUUGAACCGCGCGGUAAGGUGUACGUGAAGGGCAAGGACCAUAUGGAAGUGUACCUGCUGGUUGGCAAGAAACCGGACCUACUGGGACCACCAGAACUAGAUAUAGACCCUGUGUAGAUAGGAAGCAAAACACAUACACACACAAAGAAAAGAAAGCUUUCUUUUUAGUCAUUUACUCUACCGUCAGCACGGUACGGUAUAUCCAACUGUGACGGAUUGUUUUGAAUUUUUACGAUACCGACGAAAUGAUGUUGUUCGGGAACCGUACAUCGAAAACGUUUUGCUACAACUUGCUCUAGUAGAUGCGCACUGGGGAAGAUAAUGCAAAACCUCAAUACGAAGCGCCCGCAGCGAAAGGAAGAUAAUUACAAACCGAAGGUUAAUAGCUAAUACGAAAUUGAAGGUACAACUACACCGCACGGGUGCAAAACAAAGCAGCUAGCAGCUGUUGUGACUAGGAAUGUCAACACUAGGCACUAGGAAUGUCUAGGUAUGGAAAAAGAAAACCCCUGAUCAUUAAUCUCUAUGGUCUCGAAAAGACGAAACACGAAAUACUGGAUGAAUUAGUAGAAUUAGAAAGUUGAAGGCGAGUAUAAGCCAUCCACACGUGUUGUCCCCAUUAAGAGGUACUGAUGUAAACUGAUGCACAACUAAACAGGAAAAGGGUUACACAUUUUUAAGGCAACAAUCGUGCCGGCGGAUAGGACAGUUUUGAAAGUUGUUGUUUUUUUUUAAACGAAAAUAGUUGAAGUUUUAAACUUAGUGCAAGAACUAGUUACCGCGUAAUGCGUGUUACACUGCACAGAUUCUCCUCGUAUAGGUUUCCCGUCUCAUGCGACGAAUCAUGCAAAUUUCUUCUCUUUUUCAACUUUCACUAACUCUAAGUAUGUUUCUAACCAAAACUCCUUUCGAUCAGUCGUACGGUUAAGUUUCCAUUUUAUUAUUAACCAUAACCUUCUUCUCAUUCUUCUAUUUGUGAGGGACAAUGGUGGAACGGUAAAGGAACUCAGCUUUUUGGGCCUUCCAUUACUUAUCCACUGUAUUGGGCUUGCGCACCAAAAUCUCAAGAUUUUCUUGUCUGGAAACUUAAGCCUUAUUAUGUCCCCAUACCCAUAACUUGAUUGCUCAUACUCAUCCCCAACUCCCUUUCCCCCAAUAUCCUCUUCUUCCCAUCCUAUCACAUGUUGUACUACACGUGUGUGUGUCGCUUCCUAGGAAGGUGUGCCUGAAGCAAAACAAACCCCAAAAUAUACCGCACAGUCGGUGCUAAUUGCACUAAUUGCUGUCGUGUCAUGGUUUCGGCUUAUCAGAACCGAAGGGUGUUGAUAUUUGCCACCGCUAGAUGUCGCUGUCUAUGCUUAGAAAUAAUUAGAACUUUGUUUGCUUCAGGGUGUGUUUGUCGCAAUGAAUUAGUUUUUACCAUUUUCAACAACAUAGACGAACCACACGUAAAACACACAUACUUUCUGUACUGUACAUACACUGUACUUUCUCAAACACACACUCAUGUAAGGAUAGAACUGGAAAACAACGCCAACGUAACAGGAACAGGAAAGGAAGAUGCAACAAAAACCCAAGGAUACUAUUUCGUAUGUGCCUUCUCUCUUUGGACUAGUUAUUACUUUACCAUUACUUCCGCCAGAAGAAUGUGUAAACACACACGCACACUCAUCUUUUCCUUCUUCUUUUCCACUCUUUCCGACCGUCCGCCCUACAGGAGUGUGUUUGUGCGUGAAGGCGAAGUAAACCAAACGUACAUUGUGCGGAUACGAUUUCAUUUACAGCUUUGAUUGUAAUCUUUAACACAGGUUUUAAACAACUGAUACUUGCAAUAUUUAGUUUAACGAUCGAUGCGAUAUUAGCCGCUAUUUUAGCGUACGGGAAACAAAUGGAAUAGAGGUUUCCCACCCCAAAAACUUCUAUCACUUCCCUUCGCCGACGUGCCAACGUGUGUAUAUAAUAGUUUCGUUGCGUUUAACGUUUGCUUAAUAAUUUAUAUACCAUCUCUGUUCACAAAACACACGAGCCUGUUGGUUUGUUAAUUUUUUAAUUGCGAAAAUUAAUUUAAAAAAAACACACACAAAAGACGCUUACACAAGUGAUGAAGGGGGAUUUGAUGUUAAAAUUUGCAGCCAACGGUUUGUAACGGGUCACGUUGCAAAGAUUUCACGAAUAACUAUUCUUGCCAAAAUGAUGAUUUACUAGCUCGGUAGACUUGUACGUUUUUCAACGCCAUUGCUGUUACGGAUAUACUAUAUAUCGAUAUAUACACUAUAUUAAAAGGUAUAAAAUAUUUAUCUAGUUUAUUUUUUUUAUCGAACAUCACGACGCCUGUGAUCACAAAAAGGAAAAAAUGGAAAAAGGGUUCGUUUCUUACGUUUAUCGUUUGGCUCCAUUAUAUUUACGGCACAGAUUUUAAAAUAAUGAAUGGUUGCAUUGCUAGAAACGUUUAUAUUAAUGUAUAUAUGGUGCACCACGGUAUUUAUCAUUCCCAUUUGCGCGUUACGUGUCCAUUACCAAACCUAGAUGAAGCACUAGUACGCGAAUAAUUGUGCGUAAAAUAAGGAAUGCAUAUCAGAGAAAGCGAGCGAGCAAGAGAUAGAGAGAAAAAAAGCGAGGGAAAGAAUAGGUCGCCUCAGUGUUAAGAAUAGUUAAUGUGUGUCUAACGAUG